CCCCUCUCCUGCCGCCGGAAAAUGAAGCAAUAGUCCGGGCGGACGGGCGGGCUGUUUUUCUGCCGCGGAGGGAGGCGGCCGAGCUCUUCCUCGCCCCCCCAACCCUACCCCUACCCCUUUUGCAAAAGACUUGCAUUUGCAUUGCAUCCUUUUUUGCAACCGGCUCUGAUUCCGACUGGAGGAGACCCCAGCCCCGUUAGAUCCCGACGUUGCUGGGGGGCGGGGGGGGGCGGGGCAUGAUGUCCCAUGACGCGAGCGAGAAGCCCCCCAACCCCGAUCCGCCCCCCGCGACUGUCUACGUCCUAGUGGAGGACCCGCGCUCGACCGACGCCCUUCAGCUGCUCAGCCUCAACUCUCUGCUCCCUGAAUCUGGGAUUGUGGCCGACAUUGACCUGGAGAACAUCCUCUCGUUGAACAGCGACAGCUUCUACGAGCUCAAGAGCCAACCCAUUGGUGUGAGUCCCCCAGCGGCUCCGGCCCCAGGCCCAACCAUGUCGCCCAUGAGGUUCUCCCACGGGCAGUGCAGCUGGAUGAUGGCACAGACCCAGGAGACAAGAGCUGCCGGGAGGCUCAGCAACAGGUCAGCCUUGCCCCCUCGGGCUGCCCGCCCCACACCUUCCACACCCGCCAUUUCCGUGAGCCCCCUAGCACGCCCUUCGCCUGCCCAGGUCCCUGUGGAAGUGCUGAAGGUUCAAACCCAUCUGGAAAACCCCACCAAGUAUCACAUCCAGCAGGCGCAGAGGCAGCAGGUCAAGCAGUAUCUCUCGACAGCCAUGGGUAGCAAGAUGGCGACGCAGGCGUUGGCUGGCGCCAGUCCGGGGGCACCGCCUGCCUGCUCCCCACAAGCUGCAUCAGCUCCAGAAGCCCAGCACAGUUUGCCACAGCAGCAGGCAGUGGCCGGGGGCACGGGUAGCGCCCCCAACAGCCCAAUGGCGCUGCUGAACAUCGGUUCCAGCUCUGAGAAGGAAAUUGAUGACGUCAUCGAUGAGAUCAUUAGCCUGGAAUCCAGCUACAAUGACGAAAUCCUGAACUACGGAGGCCUACAGAUGCCAAGCACUCUGCCAGUCUCGGGGAACCUCCUGGACGUCUACAGCAAUCAAGGGAUGAUGGAGCCAGCCGUAACCGUGAGCAACUCCUGCCCAGCUGACCUGCCGAACAUCAAGCGAGAGAUGUCAGAAAAUGAAGCUAAGGCAUUCCUGAAGGAGAGACAGAAGAAAGACAACCAUAAUUUAAUUGAACGUCGGCGACGGUUCAACAUAAAUGACCGAAUCAAAGAGCUGGGGACCCUCAUUCCAAAAUCAAAUGACCCGGAGAUGCGUUGGAACAAAGGCACCAUUCUCAAAGCAUCGGUGGACUACAUCCGGAAACUGCAGAAAGAGCAGCAGCGCUCCAGAGAAAUGGAGCUCCGGCAGCGCAAGCUGGAGCAGGCCAAUCGCAGCUUGCAGCUGAGAGUGCAGGAGCUGGAGCUGCAGGUCCAGAUGCAUGGGCUCCCUCUGACCUCCACCCCGGGCCUCCUGACUCAGCCCUUGGCAGGAGACCUGGCUCCACCGUUCGGGGAGUCUCUGGACCUGCCCUUCACGGCCGAGGAACUGGGGCUGGGUCUCGCGCUGGGGUCCGACGGGGGAGGCCUGCAGGACGUGCUCAUGGACGACGGGACGACCCUCUCCCCGCUGGGUGCCUCGGAUCCGUUGCUCUCGUCUGUCUCGCCCGGCGCGUCCAAAGGCAGCAGCCGCCGCUCCAGCUUCAGCAUGGAGGAUGAUUCCUGAUGGCUGCCUGGGGACACUUGGAAGUGGGAGGGGGCAGCCCCCUCCCUCAGACUCUUCCUCUUAGCCCACCUGACAGUUUGGAGUCUCCUUCCACCCGUGGCUGACGGCUGAGCCCUGUCUGUGCAGCACCGCCUUCUUUCCCCAACACUCUGUGUCUCUUUGCCUUGCAGAGUCACCCCUUUGCCCCUUUCCUGUAGGAAGGAGGUGGAUAGAACGUCCUCUCGCAGACAAGGGGGCGCAAAGCUGUUUAGCACUGAGCCGCGGAAGCAGUCGAGAUGCGUUUUCCUGGGGUGGGUGAGGCGCGGAUCUUCUCUGCUCUGGGGAAUCACGGAUUUGUGCAUUUCCUCAGGCCUGCCCUGUUGGAAACCUGCGCGGGCCUUUCCUUAACACUGUGUGCGAAGUGUGGUGUUCACUCUUGGCCUCGCUUUCUUUUCUUGCACCUUUUCUGUACGUAACUUUAGAGAAUCAAGGGGAGGGAGGGAGAGGAAGGCGUCCCUCGGUAAAGCUGACUCCUACGCUGAGAGUCCCUUCUUUUUUUUAUUUUUGUGUGUGUAAAUGAGCUUUAUUUUAUAUAGAUAUUGGGAUUUUUAUUACAAAUCCUUGGCCUUUAAUUGUUUUAAAUAAGGAAGAAGGGUUCAAGGUCGCACCAGCUGGGCACUUUACAUUUCUACUUCAUUGUUUCAUUCCCUCCAGUCCAAGGCGUCUGCUGUCCCUCCUUUCUUUGGGCAAGUGUGGGGCAAACGGAACCGUGUCUCCAACACCUGCUCAUGUGGUCAUUUGACAGCACACUCCUACACAGUUGCUCCAGCCCCGACCUGCUGAUUCCAACGGAUUCACAGCGGAGUAACUCUGUGUAGGAGGACAGCGUAGAAAUACGAGGGCUGAACUGCAACCUUACUUAUUUUUAUGAUAAACUUAUAAUCAAAGUUUUAUUUAAAGGAUUUGUCUGCACAAAGGGGCCUUGGGGGAAACACGGAGAGCAAGAACGUACAGUUUGUAAGGUCAACGGCUUCCAUGGCCGAAAUCAACUGGCUGUUGUGGGUUUUCUGGGCUGUGCGGCCUCCGUGGUCUGGUAGUUUUUGCUCCUAACAUUUUGCCCACAUUGACGACUGCCAUCUGAAGAGGAGCAAACACUACCAGACCACGGAGGCCACACAGCCCAGAAAACCCACCACUUACUUUUCAUUGACCCUUUGUUGAUUGGGAGGAUGCUUCUAGCAUAGGGGUCAAACUCAAGCCCUCCAGAUGUUUCUGGACUACAAUUCCCAGCAGCCCCUGCUCACAUGACCAAUUGGUCCUGCUGGCAUGGGCUGAUGGGAAUCGUAGUCCAUGAACACCUGGAGGGCCUGAGUUUGACCCCUGUGCUCCAGCCACUGCAGAGGCAAUCACGUUGUAGGCCAUAGAAGAGGCAUCCCCAAUGGUGUGUUCAGCUCUUAAAGAUAAGGCCGUCAUCUUGGAGCAGGUUCGUUCAACAGACUGUCAGGUCUCGGAGGAGGUGUAGGACGGGAAGAGAGGCUCAUCCAGCUGGACCCUCUGCCCUUCUGGGGACCAGGAGGAAGUGCUGCUAGAUCCCUCCUGUGAACCAGUGGGAGGGGUUGGAAGGCGGGCUCACAGGGGGGUGAUCAGCACCUGUACGUGAUGACGUCACUUUCAGUGGGACGCUUUAGCACUUGCCCCCAACACUCUAUGGAGUUGUGGGGAGAGUGAUGGAGUGUGCCCCUGGUGCUUCCACAUUGCACCGGAAGUGACAUCAUCACGCACAGAUGUUGGUUUCUCCCCCAUCUUUGGCCGGCCUGUUUCCGCCUGUUGCCA